AGACAGACAGACAGACAGAGAGAGAGGUGGUGGUGGUGAGGGGAAGGAAACCUCUUAAAUAUAUGCAGACAGACAGAGAUUUCUCUUUUUAAAAAGGGACUUGCUAUACCAAAUACAGCCAGAGAACCCAGCAAAGCAGCCUCACGAUGUCAAGAGAGCAGAGGAACCACAUGGAUGAAUGCUACAGCCACCCAGCCUUGUUCCAAAUCUGCACGCAAGAAGUUGAGAGCGGCAGCAGCAGCAGCAGCAGCUGUGGCAGUUCAAAGGUGCAGAAGAUGUGCACCUCCAGGAGGAUACUGCUGCUUGCCCUCACCUUCCUGGCCUACACAGUGGAUUCUGUUUCUGCAUAUGGUGCUCCUGAAACCCUCUGUGGGGGAGAGCUGGUGGACACACUGCAGUUUGUCUGCGGAGACCGGGGUUUUUACUUCAGUGGCAUUUCUGCUAUUACAGGUAGGCCUGUGGGCAGAAACAGAGGAAGGCUCAACCGUGGCAUAGUAGAGGAGUGCUGUUUCCGGAGCUGCGAUCUUAAUCUUUUGGAAACUUACUGCGCAAAAUCUGUCAAGUCGGAGCGUGAUCUCUCGUCAUCUUCUCUUGUAGCCUUACCAGCACUGAACAAGGAUCCCUUUCAAAAGCCCUCUCAUGCCAGGUACUCAAAAUACGACAUAUGGCAGAAGAAAGGUUCACAGCGCCAUCAGAGGGGGAUUCCCAACAUCCACCGGGCCCGCCGGUAUCGAUGGCAAACUGAAGGACUGCAAGAGUCUGAGGAGUCAAAGAUCCAUCGCCCCUUGAUUGUCCUGCCUACCCAGAAGCCUCUUGUUGCGCAAACCACCACCUCAGAAACAUUGGGCAGCCAGAAGUGAACUGUGAUGAACAAUUUCCAAAAUGGACUCUUUAUUUUUUAUUUCCUAGGCCUGGCCUCACCCUUUUCUCUCUCCCAAACCAAGGUGGAGGGGUGAGGGCAAAUGCCCUUUCACACCAAGGAGUAACCACAAGGGGCACCAUUAACACCAAACAACUGACAUAGAAAGAGAAACAGGAUUACAACGUUGGCGGUGGCAGCAACAACAUUUCUGUGGCAUUGUCUUUUAAGUAUUUUUUUGUUUGCUGGUUCUUGUUCCUUUCCUACCCAGUAUUCUCAGCCUUUACUUAAAAGGGACAGUUGAGGCACUUGAACUAUUUAAUAUUGGGCCACUGCCUGUCAGUCUAUUUACCAACCAAUGAAGACAGAGAAAGAGAAAAUAUUGAUAUUGAAAGAAGCCCAGUUUAUGUUUGUAUUGACAAUAAAAGUGAAGUUGGGGCGGGGGGUUGGAGUGGAAUAUCUGAAGGUUUAAAAUUUUGGCCUCAUUUUCAUCCUACUAGGUUUUUUUCCUUUGGAAAUCACAAGUCUACAGUAUGUGUUUGAGACUUCUUCUUCAUUUCCCCCCCACGUUUUAAAAGCCAGAGAAGAAAUGAUGAGGCCCACUACCUUUUUUUAAAAUUACACAAUUCCAAAUGUACUUGCACCUUUAAAAAUCACCGAUGAAGUGAGAGUGUGUGAACGUUAAGUUCACUUUAAUGGAGGAGGCGUCUGCAUUGCACAUUUGCCACAGAUUUAGUUGAACUAUAUAAGAUAUAUAUUAUAUAUAACUUUUUUUGGCAGAAAAAGCACUAUUUUUAAUGGGACCAUUUGUGUGUGUGUGUGUGUGUGUGUGUGUGUGUGUGUGUGUGUGUGUGUAGUAACUGAAGAGGGAUUGUAAUGUUUAAAUGUUGUUAUGGUGCUAAUGUAAGUUGGAAAAGGGGAAAACGAACCCAGAAAAUUAGAAGAGGGUGGGGUGGGAAGGACAAGAUCUCGAAUACUGAACUUGAAAUUUUUUAGCUUUUCGUUUUAGGAAAGUGUGAUAAGUGUGUUCUUUUUUUUUUCUCUUCUGAAUUAUAGCUUGGUCAUGACCAUAUGAGCUAAUUGUCUUUCACUCAUAUACACAAAAUGCAUGCACAUGCAGAAACACAAUAAUACAUCUAUAUGCAUUUUAGAUCAAAAUAUUUUUUUCUUUAGUCCUUCACUCAUUCCCUAAUACCCAGAGCAUGCCAAGUGCAAAGGCAUAUGCAUGUGCUUUGUGAGUUACCUGAUUCUGUUCCAUGGAAGCAAUCAUUGUACAUAGAGUAUACUCAUUUUUGGCUUUUGCAGCCUGAGAGUCACCAUCCUGCUACCAAGGUGUUUUAAAUCACUUUUCUGGCCACCUCUGCCAUCUUCUCUCUGAUGCAAUGCCAUUUUUUUUACAGAAAGCGACUCUUCUCAUCUUAUCAGGUUUGGCAAGAGCAUAGAUUUGUUGUUGCCCAAUCAAGCCUUAUUAGGAGAAAUAGCUCAAAACAAUUGACCAUCUCCUUAUCUUUGCUUCUGCUUCUUCUUCUUCCUUCUUCCCAGUCAAAAGGGGAAGGUGCAAUUCUUCUGAAGGCUCUCUUGCGCCAUCCCAUAAUGACAGCAAUAACAACCACUUAAAGCACCAAGUUUCCCCCUUUCCCUGCUAGAGUGAGGGAGAAGUUGUGGGGGGGGGGAGGGGUUAGUACAAAAACUCCAGAGGGAAAGUUGGUAACCUAAUCAAUUUGAAGGAAGGGUUGUCCUUCACUGCCUCAUAGGACCUGAGGGACAGGGGAGAGUUGAUGCAUCAAGGACUGGAACUUUUAAAACCCAAUUAUCUGCUCAAAACUCAAGGCUUAAUUGGAGAGGUAUGGAGAAUGUGGUAUAAAAAAAAUCAAAUGUUCUAUAGUCAAUCACUUGGCUCAUCUAGAACCAUAAGAGCAAUGCCACAUAUAAAUUGCAUAGAGAAAGGGGAACAUCUUAUCAGUGCUGUAACUGCUUUGCCUUAUAUAUAUAUAUCUACAUCUAAAGAACAUAAAGAUUACUUGAAUUAUUAUUUUUUAAAGAAAGGGUAAGGUGUUUUUUUUUUAAUGUUAUCAGUUUUUAAAUUGUUACCUUGCAAUCUUGAGCCAUGAAGCAUUUGGGGAUUUUUUUUUUCCCCAUGGCACUGCAAACCACAAAAAAUAUGCUCCUUAAUCAUUUACGAAGGAGCGGGGAAAUACACAGCUCAGAUAAAAUGUUUUGGGGUAGGGUGGGGUGGAGUGGGGAAAACAAAAGAGGUUUUUUUUAAAAAAGUUUCCAAUAGAGAAGCUUUCAUAGAAGCUCUUUACCAAAAGUCCCCCUUUGAUUUUUUUUUUUUUUAAAGGUGACAAGUAAAAUAGUCACUCAAAGAUAAUCAAGCUGCCUUUAUAGCUUUCUAUGUAUGCUUUGGCAGAGGGAACAGGGAUGAUCAUUUUUUUUUUUUUGGAGAGUGAGGAAAGAGCAAAAGGAAUUUUAUAUAUAGUCUGGGCUGAGUUCUGUAAUAUUCUUAACAAAGCAGGCCCAGAUACUGCAAAGCAGUUAAGUACGUGCAUGCUUUGAGCUUACGGCAUAUUAGUCCAAGUCAGUGGAAUGUCCACAAAGUUAAUACAUGCUCAAGUGCUUGUCAACUUGUGGGUGGGAGGCGAGGAGUCUCAACAGACAACACUGAGUGAAGGGGCACACGUACUGGUAAAUGUUCCAUGAAGGAAAGUGUAUGUUUAUAAAUUGGCUUUGGAACACUUGCGUCUUGCAGGCUGGUUCACUGCCCCCCUCACAGUUGAUUUCUUUCCCCUCCACUUUGUGUAAUCAUUUACCUUAGUACCUGGUAAAGUUAAGCGUUUUUAUCAUACUUUGCCAAAACUUUUCAAAAAGCAAAGCAAAUGUAAAUUCUGGGCCCAAUCAGUCAACAUGUUAGGCCCAAAUUCCAGGAUAAUAAAUCCCAGGAAGUUUAGAAUCUCGGUAUACUCUAGAGAGGCAUAUUUUUUGAAUGAGUGCCCACAUUGAUUUCUUUGAAUUGGAUCCAAAGCCUAAACUCUGCACAGGAAGUAGAGCUGCGUAUUAUAUAGACAAGACUUUCCCCGAACAUGAUCAAAACUUAUAUAGCAUCUUGGCUGUUGUGCUUUCUUUUUCCAGGCUUGCAUGCACUCUCUUUAAUGCUUCACUCCUAUGUGUGCAUACUUUGGUUCCUUCCGAGUAAACAUACAUAUAGGCCUUGGUCUGCCUGCUUUAUACAAAGAUAGUGGCAAUGCAACCAAAGGAAAUGUGUUUACGUACUGGGAUAGUUGAGUAUACCCUACGGAACACACGGUUGGUUGUUUGAAUCACCCAGGUGCCUUGGGAACUACUAAACUUACAACACUGUUCAACAACCUGCUGACCCAAGAGACCUACAGAAUCUGUACUAAGGCAUGUAAUGUUUGAAUGAGUGGUUGAUGGGUAUUGAUGUCUUCAAGCCUUCUGUUGCAGUGAGCAAAAGUGUAACUGAUUUUGUGAGGUUGCUCUUCCACUACAAGGGUAAUCGUGGAAAUGGACCCCUGCUGAAGAGCAACCAAAUCAAGGAUGGCUAUUUCUUUCAUAGUAGAAGCCUGUCUGAGCACAACCCGCUAGGAGUUAGAUGUAAAAAUACCUUUAUCGGUGUAACACAACUGAUUCUUGGGGCAUUUGUCGUUUACAAACUAGUGUUUGGUGGGUUUUUUUGGGGGGGGGGGUUAAAAAUGGACACGCAAACAUUGCUGAAACACAUACUGGUCUGUUUUCUUCCAACCUCUGGUGCAAAGCCACAGCGCUUGAGGGAGGGAGUCUGGUUCCCCCAACUGGUUCCACAGUCUUACUGGCCCAUAAAGAGCUUCAUCCAUUUCAUCCUGCCUGUUUGCAAAGGCUCAGACUUUUGGUGAUGGACCUAGCUGCCUCUGCACUAAAUGAAGGGAAGAAUUGUAUUUGUUUUUUUAAAAAGAAAAAAAAUGUUCUUGUUUUUUUGUCAUAUGUAUUAUUGUCUGCUCAAGUUUUAUAUGGUGGGGAGGGAGUGGGGAAGGGGGGGAUGGGUGUUGAUGUAUCUUGAAAUAUUUCACUUGUGUGCACUCAAUAUGCAAGAGUCAAACUGCCCGGAUUAUGCACCUAUUGUACUUUUCAUUCGUAAUACAGUAUCAAUAAAGCAAUCGGCUACAAUGUU